CAAUCACAUAGCAACAGUUUGCUAAAGCAUCAAUUAAAUCAAAACGAAACCAAGUCACACACAUACACACACGCCUAGAACAAACGCCUGGAAUCCAAACAAACAAACAAGCUGUUUACGCACAGGACUGCCAGACAUUCUAGUAAACUUUGUAACUUGGAAAAGUUCUUGAUUUUUUCUAUAUGUAUCAUAAUGGGAUUUCAUCUGGAGGCGCAACGACAGCAAAGAGCCAACGCAAAAAAGAAAGAGAUUGAAGACAAGAUGAUCGCUCAGAAGCAGCCAUGCCCCCUUUACCACCAAUUCCUGAGUGAUGGAUUGACCCUAAAAAUCAAGUUGCUAUAUCGAGUUUCUUGACAACGUACUUGAAGCUGCAGAGAGGGCACCGAGUAGUGAUGCCAACGGUGAGACAAGAAAAUAACACUAAAAAGCCUUUACUUGUUGAAUAUUCUUUACUCUGUAUCGUACGUUUGAGCUGAGGGGAUGAUAGAGAGGUUACUCAGCCAUGUCAUACCACCUUCCUGCCUUAAUGGAAGCACAAAGAAGACAAAGGCUGGCCAAGAGGACGAAAGCCAGAGAGCAGGACGCGGAGCAUAGCCGUGCUUAUCUAAGUUCAGCACAGAACACUAGUCCAAGAACUGGCACUCAUUCCAGCGCGGGAAAACGACCAGCUACGCGCGCGUCUGCCUCUUUUCCCGCGCAAACACAAGCUUCGGUCGUGAAGCCCAGUACCGCGCCUGGUGAUGUUAGCCAGUUUGCAAGCCUGAAUGCCCCAGAGACUCGGUUUCGCUGGUACCAUCACCGUAACCUUAGGCCCUCGCCUCUACGACGAGUGGAUCUAACACACACUUGAAAAAUGAAAUAAUAAUAAUAAAAGCACACAAUUAUUUCAGUAGCUUUCUCGCAAGCGUUUAUUUCCUCUUGAUUCUAGCGUGGAAUACCCAUCUCUCUAGGCGUUUUGUAUGAAAAAAAAAAUUCAAAGUGCACUUACAAUUGCUGCUGCUAUUCUUCUUGACAGAUUUGUUAUAUACAUAUAUCAGAUUCACACUUUUUAUUUGCUCGUUAGCAUAGCAAUAGCAAUAUGGUAAUUAGUCCGCGUCUUUGCUUGUUAGGGAAAAUUGAAUUUUUGUUCUCUCGAGACCAAAAAAGCCAGCACUAAACCCUUUUUUUCAAUUAUAAGGCUACUACUUUAGACAAUGACAUAUAGGAUGCCCUUUCAAUGCAGACAACGUCAUAGUGAGUGACAGCCCAUAGCGACCAUCACCAUCUUAGGUACAAAUGACGAUCCACAGAAUCUUACCAAUGACAGUCUUGCGCACGCAUAAGAAGUAGACGGCAAUUACAAUUCUACGUGAUCUAAGCUUAGAAGAACAAUUCUCCAAAAUUUAAAUCAUACACAACACAGGGUCAGCUAUGGGGUCCUAUCAUAUCGCGUAUCAUAUGGAGGCGCAAAGGAAAGCAAGAGUAAUCGAAAGAAAACACGACGCGUUGGAAAAACUUGCAAAGAAAAUGGCCGAAGAACAAACGGAUGACCGGUCACAAACGCGUGAAGGGACCCGCGCCACCACUCGAGACCCGCGGGCGACGCGUGAUUACAGACAACUUAUCCCGCCGAAACCACAGCCAACCCAUCAAUGGCGGGACUUGCACAAUAACCACCUUCAGCAUGACGCUAGGCUAAUCAACAGGCCGUAUGCAAGCGAGGCUAAGAAAGGCAUAGACCAAGCAUACUGGGAUCGAAGGAAAUAAGAGACGGGAUGUUUACCCGACAACAAUUGAAAGGCCAACAUGUCAAACGAUAAUUUCAUUGUAUUAUAAAUUGUCAUAAAUUCUAAUAGAAACAUAUUUGUGACUUUAAAGGACUUCCUUCUAUGGGAAUGUACAAAAAUACGCAAUUUUGACAAAUGUUUUAAUUUUAGGGUACAGAAAAUGCCUGCCCAAUCAAAACACCAAGAGUUCCUAGUAGCAGACCCUUAAUGCUUGUAUUGCAAAGCGCAUAGGCCACAAUAGCUGUAAAAGGCAAGCAUCCAAGAAUCAAUUUGCAAAAAUUCCACCAGAAGCGGAGCCAAAAUGAAAGACUGAAAUGUUUACCGUAAUUGUAUAUUGCCUUAAUACAAUGAGUAAUACUAGAGUAAGAAGACAUUUGUUUUUUACUGUAUAAAAAUGUUAAUAAAAAUAAUACCCUAGAACAGAAGAAACCAUA